AUGCAGUUACUCUCUUUCUUGGCUCUUGGACUCGGAGCAAGUGAUGUUUGUGCCUUACUUCGCUUCUCUUGUUCUGGGCUAGUUACAGAACGUCUUGACCCCCUCGUCAAUCCAGGCGUCAAAGGUUUGCCUCACCUGCACCAAGUAAGCCACCCACUAUGUCAGAUCUCAUAUGAUGAGAUUCUAAGAAAUAUCUAGAUCAUCGGUGGUAAUGCAUUCAACGUCACCAUGGAUCCCAAAGCAGACAUCUCGACCAUGGCAACCUGCACAACCUGCACCUUUAGUGAAGAUAUCUCUAACUACUGGACUGGUAAGUCACACAUUUACUCCAGCAUUUGGUCAGUCUAAUAUAAUGCAGCUGUGUUGUAUUUCCGCGCACGAAACGGAACGUUCAAACGCGUCCCCCAAAUCGGUAAUCAGAACUUCGAAGCGGCAAAUUGGGGAAUGACAAUCUACUAUUCGCCUUAUACGGCAAAAGGCAUAAAGACAACCGCCUUUCAGAAAGGGUUCAGAAUGCUAGUUGGAGAUCCGUCGCUGAGAAAUAAAGAAGGAGCCGACAAGUACCGACAGUUGACUUAUACUUGUCUCAAACUCCAGGUACUAGGACGGGAGAAACGAAGAAUUUGCCAGAUAAACCUUGUCCGGCUGGAAUCAUGGCGAACCUCAGGUUUCCGACGUAAGUCUUGUAGCUUGAUAUAUAAAGUGAGUACAUGAAUGAAGACCUGACGGGUUCUAGGUGUUGGGAUGGUGUAAAUCUUGACUCUCCCGACCAUAUGAGCCAUGUUUCUUAUCCUAGCUCUAGUAAUUUUGAGAACAAUGGGCCGUGUCCUUCGACUCAUCCUGUGAAGAUUCCACAAUUGUUUUUCGAAGUUGUAUGGGAUACAAGGAAGUUUAAUGACAAGAGCCUUUGGCCAAUUGAUGGAAGUCAGCCAUUUGUAUGGAGUUAUGGCGAUGCGUAAGCUUUGCCUCCUCUACACCUUGGAGUUUCGAAACACUAACAAAUUCGUAAAUAUAGAACCGGUUGUGGGACACAUGGAGACUACGUGUUUGGCUGGAAAGGGGACUCGCUUCAGAAAGCUAUGGACAGCAAUUGCAAUAUCAAUUGUCCGGCGUUGAAGACUCAGAGUAUUGCCGACGCUAAUAAAUGUAGCCUCAAGAGUGUUGUAACUGAGGAUAUUGAUAGCUGUGAGUUGUUUACCUGUAUGAUUUAGUUGUUUUUUUAUAGAAAACGCUAACAUAAGCUAGGGUUAACGGAACUGCCUGGGGGUAUGCCUGUUGUGGAAUAA